CGCCUCUACCCUCACGUCUAACCCCCCGGAUGGAGAUGUGUAAAGCUACACUUGAUUGCUAGCCUUCGUAAAUAACCUUUCAGGAUUUGAAAUUUGGCCAAUUUAGGGCACUAGUUAUACUUGGUUGUCACCCCCGAUCCAGGCCAUAACGGAUAACAUGCAAAUUGACGCUGGCAAAAAGCCCAGAAAGGAAAAGGAGGUAAGAGUCUGGGCCGCUAAUACGUAUUUCGUAGAGUGCGUGUACUCGGCGAUCUUGGGCCUGAUGCACUUUGAGCGUCACAAUCACACCUGUAUUCCCCCAUCCAAGCUGACAACUUCCCGGGUUUAAAAAAGGUGCAUCUCUCCUGAGGAGGUGUCGCGUUGGCGAGGAAGGGU